GUCCCACUUCAAUCCAAGUUCCUGUCUCAGCUGGAUCUCCACUCUGACAACCUGAUGAGGCUGUUCCAAAACAGAGGAGGACAGCUAGGGAAAAGGCUACAAAGAAUCAUUGCACAAAUGGCAGAUUGUGAUGAUGUAGACACCGGACGAGAGUGUAUCAUUAAGGGAGUCUGUAUCUACAUGGGUGAAGAUCCAGAAAACCUUGUGCGGGAAUAUGUGGCCAUGGAUAAAGACGCCAUCAAUGAGGCUCUUGAAGACACCGUUGUUGGGAUUUUUGUUCUUAAAGAACAUGCUUCAAGUGAUGAACCAGAGGACAUUGGAGUCGUCCUUGAAGGCAUGAAGGUGUUGCAAGAUCUGGAUACGUUAGCAUUAGCUGUUGCUAUGCUGUUCGGACAGAUUUAUGCCUUAAACCUGAGUUACCCUGCUGACCUCCGGUACACCUUCGAGGUAGUCCAAAAGAUUUUCAUGGAACUGGAUGGAAGUAAACUUUCUAACAAAGCACUGGCUCUAAAAAACCGGCUCUUUCAGUAAAAGGGUCAGGAUACACUGCCAGCAACAUUAGACCACAAGACAUUUGAAUUGUCAUCAAAGACAACUUUGGUAUUCUUAUACCAUUUGGACUGCUUUAUAUUUUCUCUUGAUUACUGUUUAAAAAUGGGUUGUUAACAUUUUCAUUUACUGGUCUGAGUCACCUUAAACCUCUGCAAUAUAUUGUAUUUGAUGCUUUGAAUACUCUCACAACUCCGUAUACAAGGUUAAGAGAUCUAUAUAUUUGUUCCUUAGUUAAAAACAAAUGUUUACGAAGUGUUGAUGUUUACUUUUUUCAUAAAGAUAUACUGUUAGCACAGUAAAAAUGGUGUAUGCAGGGUCGGAUGUAAACUGUCUAAUAAAGCACUGGCUCUAAAAAAACAGGCACGUCAGAGACUACACUGCCUGCAACAUGAGGACACAAGACAUUUCAAUUGUUGUCAAAGGCAUCUUAUACCAUUUGCACUGCCUUAUCAUUUACUCUUGUUGACUGUUAAAAAUGUUAAUUCCAUUUGCUGCUUGGAGUCCCCUUAAAAACUUUAGCAAUAUAUUGUAUGUUGCUUUGAAUCCUCUGACAACUGUGAAUACAAGGUUUAGAUGUGUUCUUCAGGAAGAACUGAUUACUUUGUUUGUUGUAAAUUAAUACUGCUACCUACAGUGAAAAUGGGGUAUGCAGGUGUGGGAGUAAACUUUCUAAGAAAGGCUCUAAAAAAUAGGCCCUUCAGUGCCAGCAACAUUUUAACACAAGACAUUUGGUUUAGUUAAGGGAAACGUUUUAUUGAUGUUUUGUAUUUGCUCCUAGGAAUGCACAACUUGUAACAGUUGAAAUCCGCAAACACAACUGCAGUCCUCUUUUUGGAUAAAGUUUGUAUUGUUCAAUAUAACGAACGUUUAGUGCAAAA